AUGUCCCUCUUCCCAGUGGAGCUGGCAUCGACCUUUCAAACAGACACGAACGUCUUUUUGCCCCAGGAACUUUGCGACGACAUGCCUGGAAGGUCCUUCACGGUCUAUCCCAUCCCUGUCGUUUGGGCGACAGUGAAAUCCAUUACUGACCAAUUUUAUGUGACUCAACAUCAACGGGUGGGUAACUUCACCACUCCCGAUGCGCGUUUCAGUCACAUCCACUUUGACCUGGUAGAUCGCCUCUCAAAUUCUAACGAUUCUGCCUACUUGCUGACUUGUAAGAAUCGCUGGCCUGUUGUUGUGCUCACUCCCGACAUCAGCGCUGUAACUGUUGCGAAGGCAUUUCUGACGCACUGGGUAUCCCUUCUCGUGUUCCGGUGA